UUUCCUAAGUCACUUUCUGACUUUUAUCUUUGUUUUGUUAAUCAACCCAAACUAUAUUCACAGAUAGGAAAUAAGCGGUGGAAUUCUUUAGAAGCACCAGACUCAGUUUUGUUUCCAUGGGACUUAAAGUCUACCUAUAUCAGAUGUCCUUCAUUUUUUGAUAAACUUACCAAAGAACCAGUUGCACUGCAGCCUAUUGAAAAUGCCCACGUCUUAUUAUAUUUGGGAGAUGCUGUUACAACAGAUCAUAUAUCACCUGCUGGGAGUAUUGCUAGGAGUAGUGCUGCCGCUAAGUAUUUGACAAAUAGAGGCCUUACCCCUCGUGAAUUCAAUUCUUACGGAGCCCGAAGAGGUAAUGAUGCUGUGAUGACAAGAGGCACUUUUGCAAAUAUCAAGCUUUUUAAUAAGUUUAUUGGAAAACCAGCUCCCAAAACAGUUCAUUUUCCAUCGGGACAAACGCUAGAUGUAUUUGAAGCUGCAGAGCUGUACCAGAAAGAAGGUAUCCCACUGAUUAUUUUAGCAGGAAAGAAGUAUGGUUCAGGAAAUUCGAGAGACUGGGCUGCCAAAGGACCAUAUUUACUGGCUGUCAAUGCUUAA